UUUGUUUUUGUUUGAUAUCGCACGACUCCGCCAAAUUUAAAUUUAAAAUAAUUAAUAGAAAAAUGAAAGCAACUUUGAAAUAACUUAUUGUGAUAGUGAUACGUCAUUUAUUAAAUCUGUGCCUUAUAAAUGGAACAAGGAAGGUUUCUAGAGGGGGAGCACUUAGAGAAAUUUAAUAUUAAAUUGAAAUCGAAGCCAAAAGAUGGGGUCAUUCUUCAACUGCACCACACAGUGCGCGGAUCGAAGGGCGAGAACCACAGGAUCCGCUUCUCAUUAGGAACCUUCGACGACGCACACGAAAAGCUAGCUUGUGCCGACACCUUAGGUAACAUAUUCAUCUUAGACUUCACCGACCUCAAAUUCUGGAAACUAAACAGUUUCGGAACUUGCACUGCACUGCAUUUCGUCCCGAACAAGGAAGAUAUCUUAAUAGUCGCGAAUGCAGAUAAGUACAACAUUGCUUUUGUCGACGUCGAAAAUGCGAAAAUAUCCAUGACACUGGACGGCCAUACGGCCCCUAUAAAACACAUAUCAUUUUCCAAUAAUAAAGCUAAUAAUCUUCUCACUGCCAGCCCUGUCGAAGCCAUACUAUGGGAGCUCAAGAAUUAUUCAAAAUAUUUCACGUUGAACACAUAUCUCGGGGCACAAAUACAGCAAAUACUUUUCACCCCUGGUGGCGACUAUCUAGUCGCGUGCUUUCAAAACGAUACAAUACAGAUAUGGAAGAAUGAGACUAUGAAGUCAGUGAAGCAGAUCAUACCCAGCGACUUGAAGCAUAUGAAAAACAUUGCUUUCACUAUGAACGGGCGCGCCAUGGCCAUGGCCGGACUCACGCCUACUCUGAUUCUAUUUAGUAUGGACACUUGGAAGGCACUGAAAUCUAUCGAUUUGUCUAAAUACGGCAUAAAUGGCGCGCAACAGAUAGCGUUUAUACCACAAGUAUUUGAUGGGGGAGCUAACAAAAUACUCGCAAUCCUAAGCAGUGACUGUACUUUACGAUUAUUUGAUGUAGAAUCCCUCGUGGUAAUGCACAAUAUUAAUCCUGCGUCGUCUGGUAUCAAAAGAUUCGUUGUAAGCCCUACGGGCAAAUACUUCUUGUGUAUUCUCCAAUUAGGUGAAGUAAAUAUAUACAAUUCAUCAUAUGUAAUAGAUACAACUCAGAAUCCAAUUAUAGAAAUAAGGAAUAACGACAGUCCAAGUACUUCCGUGCAAAAGUAUGUACUUGAAGAAGAGACCCCUUCCAAGGACCAGGUAGAACAUAAAAUGAGAGUUUGUAUGGACAGUGCUAGGCUUAGAAGAAUACUGAUGCAAUACGGCGAAUAUCCUGAAAAAUUCAGAUCAGUGAUUUGGAGAUCUCUUUUAAAUACGCCUAGAAAUAAGCACGCGUAUGCUUCGUUGAUAGACAAGGGGAUUCACCCAGCGUAUAAGGAUAUCGAGAAACAGUUUACGAUUCACAGUUCAGCGACAUUGAAGAAUUUGAAACGUUUGUUGUCGUGUCUCGCACAUUGGUGUCCGUUGUUCGGAGUGAUGAAGUUCCUCCCUGGUUUCGUGUUCCCGUUUGUCAAGGUUCUUCAAAAGGAUCCUUUGUUACUGUUCGAGUGUGUUGCAACAGUUCUAAUCAAUUACUGUCAACUGUGGUUCGAAUAUGCUCCUUUUCCACCGAUCAGCAUCUUGGCUAUGGUCGAAAAUAUUCUCGGAGAACACGACCCGCAAUUGUUGAAUCAUUUCUGCGAGUUCGGUGUCACGAGUCAGAUUUACGCGCUAAAAAUAUUGGAGACUGCUUUCAGUGAAGUCCUGACCUGUUCAGAGUGGUUGAUCCUUUGGGAUCACAUUCUCAGCAACGAACCAGCUUAUAUCCUUAUGUCCGUAGUCUCAUAUAGUAUUGUACAGAAAAAUGCAUUGAAAAAAUUAAAAACGCACGAACAAUUCGAAAAUUUCUACCAUAUGCAAAACCCUAUCGACAAGAAACUUCUCCUCAAGAAGGCAUACAUUCUGCUCAGCGACACAGCAGAAGACAUACAUCCAAAAAAGUUUUUUAACCCCUUCACGUCGUUGGAGAAGGGGGAUUGCUAUCAGCAAUUCACUGGUUAUCCGAAAGCAACUAUUUGUAUGAAAAUUGCUAAGAAGAAUAGGAAUAAGUUGGUACCGAGUGAUACCUGCUCUCUGCGGAAUCUCACUGUAAAAAGUCAGGAGAAAAUGAUAAAUGCAACCCUGAACAGUACUGAUGCUAUCGAAUCAAAGGACACUAGCGAUGACGGCAGUUCAGACGAUUCCGGGGAGAAACGUCACGAGAAACGGAAGCAGGAACACAACAUUCAGGUCUUCAGAAAAAACCAGACGGAAACCAUAUUUCCAGUAUCUGUUCAUAAAACCAAAAGGCAUCAAAAAUCAAAAUGCAACACGAAAGAAAGCAGCGAAAAUUCGCACAAACAUUCUUCGCGACCAAAAACAAAGAAAAAGACAGACAAAAAGAAUAGAAGUUUAGAAAAAGAGGUGGAGAAAUUACUUGAGCGAUACGCGAACUCAGAUCUAUCUGAUAAUUGAAUAUUUUUUAUUAUGUACGUAUUACUUGUUUUUUUUUACGUCAAGGUAAGAGUUAUCCACAAUAAAAAUACUUAAAUAAAUGAG